UUGUGUUUUGUUUUGUUAGAUAACAUGAAAAUCAUAAAAAUCUAUUUAUUGAUAACUGUUUUUGAAUCACUUUAUUUGUCCGCAUUUGUCAGURUCGGUCAUUACGGCAAUGGUAUAACCAGUGACUACUGUGGCUAUCAAUAUGCCAUCAGUCAGACAACAGCCAAACCGCAACCAAAAUGUUUCAAACAUACGGUUAAUAAUACAAAGAUAAUUGAUUCAAUCGGUAUCUAUCAUCUWAUACAUGAGCGYAACCGUAACCGACUAUACGGUGGCGUCAAUGCAGUGUAUGGUGARUCCCCGUGGAGUGUMAUCAUUCACUACGAUAGUCUCUAUAAAAAUAAUAAAUUUGUUGCCGAAAAUUGGGAAUGUGGRGGAACUAUARUACAUAAACAAUGGGUGCUAACAGCUGCCAGUUGUAAUAAAAUUAGGCCUACUCCUAGCGAUGACCAAACAAUUAAAGAGUAUUAUCGAAUUCGUGUCCAGUUUAUGGAUGUUAUGCGUCGGACAGCCAUCAAAACAAUGACUGUUCCCACAAAAAAUGUUUACCGUCAUCCAUACUAUUUUUAUAAGCCUAGUAAACAUAGCCAGCACGAUAUUGCACUGUAUAAACUGCCAUGGGAACUGGAUAUCGAUAUAUGGGACGGUUGGAUCAACUAUCCACUUGUCAACAUACCUGUUUGUUUGCCUAACAAUGACAGUGUUUACUAUAACGAUAAACMAGAAUUGACUACAAUGUUUGGUUGGGCCGGAUAUUAUGCAAACGUCUGA